AUGUGUCCGACUCUAUUUGGUAUGAAUAUUCGGCUACACUUGAAUCUAUUGAAGCAGCGUAUUCAGAAAUUGCGAAUGGAUGACAUGGAAUCGGAAGUUGAGGACUACGAAAAACUCGUUGGCUGCAUCAAUGACCAUAAGAUUAUACUAAAAUGUACUUAUAGGUAUUGCAACGUCUUGAGACCUCUCAUUUCGCGUUUUGUCUUUGUUCAGUUUAUUAUGGUUGGCAUAAUAUUUGGUCUUUGUUUAACGAAUUUAAUCUUUUUCGCCGACUUGUGGACAUGCAUGUCUACUAUAUCCUAUAUUUUUGGUUGCAUUUUUCAAACAUUUCCUUUCUGUUACAUUUGCAACUUGUUGGAUGACGAUGUAAACGAUCUAACUUUGAGUAUAUUCCAAUCAAAUUGGUUUGGUUGUUCUCGACGUUAUAAGUCCUCUCUGCUGUACUUCAUGCACCAGGCUCAGCAACCAAUUCAUUUUACAGCUGGCACCAUUUUUGAUAUAUCUUUGGCCACUAACAUAAGCCUGGCGAAAUUUGCAUUCUCGGUGGUUACAAUAGUACAACAAUUCAAUUUGGCUGAGAAAUUGCAACAAAAAUGAAUAUGCUUGUUAUCAUAUAAAUAUACUGAAGAUAAUAGUCACAGUUUAAAAAGACACAGUAAAAAUAAUCUGCGAUAAAUUAACCCAGUUUAAUAUAAUGCGAUGUCCGAAUUUGGGUAAUCUCGCCUUUUCAGAAUGUUUGUUUUUUGAUACCCGUGAAACACAAUUAUGAAUAUGCUUGUAAGCAUAAAAAUAUACUGAAUAUGCUUGUAAACACAUAAAUAAACUAAUAGUCACAGUUUGAAAAGCACACAGUAAAAAUAAUCUGUUAUAAAUUAACCGAGUUUAAUAUAAUGCGAUGUCCGAAUUUUGGUAAUCUCGCCUUUUCAGAAUGUUUGUUUUUGAUACCCGUGAAACACAAUUAAUUUACCAACUUAAUACUAAAUGCACACUUAACAAAUAAAUCGAACAAAUUUUAUCAUGAAUCAUUUAUUUGGUGUAUAAUUAAAUUUAUUUAAAAACUUACAA